GAUGACAGAGUUCAAGCAAGCCAAUGCCAUCAUCGAGGAGGUACAGCGCCAGGAGAGCCUCCGCCAGACACGCAGAACGAUGCGCCAGACCCUGGCAGUCAGGCAGAUGUCCAGUAUGGAAGAGGUCGAAGAGGAGGAGAAGGAGGAGCUCGACGAGAAGGAGAAUAUCGAGGAGGAGGAGUUCGAAGAAAAGCAGUUCGAAGAGAUGGAGAAGGGCGAGACGCGAGUCUGA